AACUCAUAACAUCAUGACAUUCGGAUUGUUUUUCUUUUCUACUUCUGUAAAAUAAUGUGAAUCGUUCAUAACAAAAAUCGGAAAAGCCGAAAUACCUUCUCUGAACACAAUCAGAAGGAUUCGAUCUAAAUCCACAUUUGUAUUAAAAUAUACACCAUCUAAAUGGCGUUCACCGGAAGUAUACUUACGUCGAUCGUCCGGUCGCUCUGGAAACCGCAACUUACCGCUGUUCGGUACAGAUAUCAUGCGGAUAAGUUAGCCCGCGGACCACUAGUGAGGCGGUACGGAUAUGAGGAUAAAAUACUUCAACGAGGGCUUCUUCCUCAUCUGGACAAUGGACAGAAGCUGCCAAUGCCCGACUAUAAGCCCAAGAACGCUUGGUGCGAAAAGCGAGCGCUAUUUGGACAAAACGAUUAUAUCGACAUUCUUGGCAAUGAUCGGCUGCAUCCAACCCGCGUUCUAUACUCCGUACCGUCAUGGCUCAGAGGAGUGUCUGGCAAUGAGUAUCAGGUGCUACUGCGGAAACGGAAAAUGCUCAAUCACACCAUCUACCCAGUCGCAAGGCCUACGAAAUGGAGAGAUAUGGAGAAACGCAUAUCAUAUCUGUACCGUUUCCUAAAUCGUAAAACUAAAACUGGAUUUUCUAACGUUUAACGUAUUAUUGUUAGUUCUCACGCUAGUAGCUCUAUAUAGGAACCAAAUAAAACAAAUCUAACCUGUUGGUUUUGUUCAAAA